AUGGCCCAGCGUCGGAAAUUGCCCAGCGUCGUACUGGAGGCUGACCUGUCCGAAACGAAGGCAAAGCUACAGCGAGAUAUUCGGUUCUGGCAUCGCGCAUCUGAGGGCAGAGUAAAAGUCAUCUUGACUGUUCAUAUCAACAGGACUCGGCCCGAGAUUGUAAUUGAACAGUGGGAAAGCAAUGGCGUCAGCAGAUGUGAACGGACGCAGCGCAUUGCUAUCUCGAAAACAAGACGUGGGACGACGUUUGUUGCUGGCGGUCCCCUCAUCAUUGAUUUCUCCAAACUCUUUCUCCGCCAGCCCGAUCUGCCUAGAGAGCAGGACAUCAGCAUUGGUGACGAGGAGCUGGAGCAGCUAGCGACGUGCAUCUGGGAGGAGCAAGGAUUCUAG